AUGGAGGGAGGUUUUCAAUCCCUGCUACUCGCCGGAAAAUAUGGAGUCGGUGAUGAUAAUUUUUCAGCUCUUGCAAAUUCCGAGGAGGCAUACUUCAACAGAGACCUGAGUUUUCAGUCUUUCAAUUUCGACAAAUCGCUUUCGUUGAUGCACUAUCCGUACGGUUCAUCAACACCGGACGCUAAUCUUCAGAGUAGGAAAAUCGGUGAAUCUUCGAAGGAAAAGAGCAAAUGGAGGUGCGUCGAGAGGGAGGAGAAACCUAAAAGGGUGAAAAAUGAACCUUCAAUGGAGCAAUUCAACUUUAGUCCGGCGAUUAUGUUCGGUCAGUUACCGGAGCUCCAAUCAGUGGAACAAAUGAGGCAAACGGCCGAGAGGCAUUUCAAACAGUCGUAUUCGCAAAUAGCAACUACUACCAAUCCGCACAUGCUCGAGCCGACAUUGUCGCAGUUUCAGUUAACUCCAAACUACAUCACUCCGGUGCCGCUGCGACAGAUAAAACCUCCUAUCCCUCCUCCGGCGAAGUUUUCUAAUCGAGAGAAGGCGCGUAGGCGACGUAAUACGCUCAGCGACAAGACGCGGACCUUACAGAAGGUGCUUCCAUGGGACAAGAAGAUGGACACGGCUACGACCUACGAAGAAACCUACAAGUACAUUAAGUUUCUGCAAGCUCAGAUCUCUGCUCUUGAAUCAAUGCCUGUUGCUUCUACUUCCUCCUCACCUCUCGGAUCUGAAAACCCUAGGCAGAUGAUGAAUCAAUACGGCGGAUUGGGGAAAUUGAACAGACAACAACUGUUGGAGGUUCUAGUUAACUCUCCCUCGGCACAGACGGCAUUGUAUUCCAAAGGUUGCUGCAUUUACUCGCUGGAACAGUUGAUUUUGUUCAAGGACAUCUCCAAGAAGAAUUUCUUCCUCUCCGGCGGUUCUUCUGUUUUCUCUUGA